UAAUGUCAAAACAAAGUGCUGUUUCAGGAGAUUGUAAAAAUAUGAAUUCGAUUUUCGAUGAAAAUAAAUAAUCGGUGUGCUGUAAUGACUGAAAUGUGCCAGUUCAUAAAUGAAAAUAAUGCUCUAUCGUCUUUUCCGCGGUCGUUUAACGUUCAAGUUCUAUAUAGUUUUCACAAUAUUAGUAGCAGUCUCGAUAUGUUGUUACUUGUUUCCGCAGAUCUAUCCAAUUUCUCCAGUAACUGUGUCUCCAAAUCCAUUGCAUCCUCGUUCCUCACGACAUUUAUCUAAACUGAUGACUGUAGUUUUCCGCCAAUUUGAGGAUUUUGAAAAUGACAUCGCUGAUAGCGUGCAAUCUUUUGUAUCAGCCUUCCCAAAUAUGCCAGUCGUGGUGGUAUGCGAGAGCACACCUUACCCACCGUUUCCAUUCUCUGUGACGAAUGAGACUCUGCGAAAUGUGAAAGUUCUAUCGCUGGAGUUAAAGCUUACUGCUUCGCCACAAGACUUCAAUCCUUUGACGCAAAUAUUUACCGAGUAUGUGUUAUUUGUACCUGAUUCAACGAGAGUGUCGCGUCGCGUACUACAGCUAGCGAUGGCAGCAGCAAUGGCCAGCCCCACACAGGCUGUAGCUAUAGGGGUUGGAAAUUCCCACUUAGUAUGUCAGCAUGUGAAAUGGAACUAUGCUGAUUGGACUCUCCAGUACAGUAAAGAUGCCUCAGGAAAGAUUUGUGACGCUGUUCAUGGACAACAUGCACUGCUGAUUAAAACUGCUGUAUUGCAGAAAGUACCACAACCCUUCGCAUUGCCAUUCCCUGAGUCAUUAUAUCUACAAACUUCAGUCAAAAAUGUUAAGGUUCAAUUGUCUGAUGGCAAACUAAGUGCUGGUCGAGGAGUAUUGAAGACACCAGGGGCAAAGCAGAGGGCAUCUCGUCACAUGAGAGAUUAUAGAGUGGCUCUGUACAAACAGCUGGGAGUAAAGGCAGUUGUCAGGGAGGAUGGCAGAGUGCAGUGGUUUGGGUGUAAGAGGGAGACACAGCGCUGCUACCCAUCAGUGCAAGGCACACCAUCAUACAUACUGUCAGGGCGCAACACGCCACCAUGUUGUCGCCGUAACAUGCGUCGUGUUGCGGGUCACGUAUUGCGCGCUUUGCUGCAAGCAGGCGCGAGAUGCUGGCUGGAAACUACUUCUCUACUUGGUGCUGUUAUGAGGGGCGACAUCCUGCCAUGGGCGGAGUACGUGGAGAUUGGCAUCCAUGCUUCCGAUGUGUCUCGCGUAUCAUGGCUGCAGCGAGGCGGCGCAGAUGCCGACGGGUUUGUCUGGGAGCGUGCGACUAAAGGACAUUACUACAGGGUGGCUUACUCUGCGGCUAAUCGCGUCUAUGUCCUGAUACUGCCGUUCACAGCAAGGAAUGGUACCAUGUGGCCUGCAGACUGGGUGCUGGCUCAUCAGAGAGAGUUCCCAGAGAGGCAUCUGCAUCCUUUAGCACAGAUUACUUUCGCGGGUCGUCAAGCACCAGCUCCGAAUGAUGCUAGAGCUUUUCUGGAUCUGAAAUUAGGUUCCAAUGCAGUGGAGCGUUGCGACAAACUUGGACCUAAGUUACUCUAUCCUUAAGUUAACAGCAGCCUUGCACAAAACACUGUUUUACACUAGUCAUUAAUAGUAUACAAGAAUAUAGGGACACAAAAGAGGUCGUUGUUAAAAAUAUUAUAGCAUUUUAUUAAUAAGUUGUCUGUCUGAAAUGAAAAGAAUCUCGUGAUCGCGUUUAUCUUUUUUAUUAUUAUUUUUGAGUGAGCUGUUUAAACAUAUAAAUGCAAUAUUGCGUGAGUGCUAGUCACUAGUUUUAAGAUAUCAGUGAAUAACUUUCUGUGUUCUAUUUUAAUUGUUGUCAAACUUUUUUUUAAAUCUUGAUAAACUUGUUUAAGUACUAUAUAGAAGAGCAGUUUUGUAUAUAAAUACAAAUUAGUUAAAUUAUCACAACUAAAUUGAUACAUAAAAAUAUUUUGAGAUAUCAUUAAGAUAGAUAAGAAUAAAAAAGUCUAAGAGAUUAUUUAUAAAAAGAAUCGGAGUACGAAAUUAAAUUAAGUAGUAAUAACUACUUAUAAAAUCUAGUUAUUUAAUAUUAAGAUUAAUUUUGGAAUUCUUGUGAUGUAGUAGUCUAGUCGAAUUUGCUAAUACAAUACACUAAACAGUGAUCUAUUGAUAUUCUAGUCUCAAAAUCUUUUCAUUUACGAAUAUAGUUCUUUAUGUUUAAGGAUUAUUUCAGUUUGCUAAGCAGCUGCGGCGUUUUGUCGCUUUUAUUGCAU